AUGACCCCAUUGUUCAUGUACUUGAGCUUGAAAGUGCUUGCAUUCGAAAAUACCACUCGUACUCCUCAAGUAGGGGAGUAUGAUUCAUGCAUUGAGAAAACUAAGUUGUCUACAUCUGCUUCAUCUAAGAAGAUGGGGAAAUAUGCUCGCAGAGAUGACGCCAUUGUUCAUGCGCUUGAACUUGCAAGUGCUUGCAUUCGAAAAGACCACCGGUACUUCUCAAGUCAGGGUAACAAGCAAUCUAGGUCGUUUAGAACUCCAAAUGAUUUGAAGGAUGUUAGGAUGAGAAUUGCUGGCAGGAUUGUGGAGAUAGUGCCUGAUGGGUGUCUGGUUCCUUGGAAGUGGGAUGGGAAAGCACUGCAAAUUUUUGGCAAUUUUAAGAGGAUUUUGAUGAUUACGGACGUGAAUAUAAUGAAAAUUGGCAGCAGCUUCUGGAGUCAUGUACCGGGCAAAGCUGGCUGUGGUCACAUCCCUUGGGCUAGGGUGGAGGGGGGACAUACUGAGCUGAAGGGGCUGUUUUUUGAGUCAUUUGAUGAGUGGGAAUUUGUUGGCCACCGUUGGCUGAUGACUGAUACCAUGGCCAGAAGGAAAAAAUAA